CCUGCCUCAGACAAGAACCCGAUGCCCAACCCAAGGCCAGCUAAGCCUAUGGCUCCUUCCUUGGCCCCUGGCCCGUCCCCAGGAGGCUUGCCAAGCUGGAAGACUGCGCCCAAGGGCUCAGAACUCCUAGGGACCAGGGGUCCUGGGGGACCCUUCCAAGGCCGGGACCUGCGAAGUGGGGCCCACACCUCUUCUUCUUCCUUGAACCCCCUGCCACCAUCACAGCUGCAGCUGCCUACAGUGCCCCUAGUCAUGGUGGCACCCUCUGGGGCCCGACUAGGCCCCUCACCACACCUGCAGGCACUUCUCCAGGACAGACCACACUUCAUGCAUCAGCUCUCCACUGUAGACGCACAUGGCCACACCCCUGUGCUACAAGUGCGCCCACUGGACAACCCAGCGAUGAUCGGCCUCCCACCGCCUACUGCUGCCACUGGAGUCUUCUCCCUCAAGGCCCGGCCUGGCCUGCCACCUGGGAUCAAUGUGGCCAAUCUGGAAUGGGUGUCCAGGGCAGCUCUAUUCUGCACCUUCCACGCUCAAGUACACAGGAAAGACAGCAACCUUCUGGCUGCACCGCAAGGAUCCUACCCACUGCUGGCAAACGGAGUCUGCAAGUGGCCGGGUUGUGAGAAAGCCUUUGAAGAGCCGGGAGAGUUUCUCAAGCACUGCCAAGCAGAUCACCUCUUGGACGAGAAGGGCAAAGCCCAGUGCCUCCUCCAGAGAGAAGUGGUGCAGUCUCUGGAGCAGCAGCUCGAGCUGGAAAAGGAGAAGCUGGGAGCUAUGCAGGCCCACCUGGCUGGGAAGAUGGCAUUGACCAAAGCUCCAUCUGUGGCCUCAGUGGACAAGAGCUCCUGCUGCCUCGUAGCCACCAGCACCCAGGGCAGCGUCCUCCCGGCCUGGUCUAGUCCCCGGGAAGGUUCAGACAGCCUGUUUGCUGUGCGGAGACACCUCUGGGGAAGCCAUGGAAACAGCACCUUUCCAGAGUUCUUCCACAACAUGGACUACUUCAAGUACCAUAAUAUGCGGCCCCCUUUCACCUACGCCACCCUCAUCCGAUGGGCCAUCCUGGAAGCUCCAGAGAGGCAGAGGACACUCAAUGAAAUCUACCAUUGGUUCACACGCAUGUUUGCCUACUUCAGAAACCACCCUGCCACCUGGAAGAAUGCCAUCCGCCACAACCUGAGCCUGCACAAGUGCUUUGUGCGAGUGGAGAGUGAGAAGGGAGCAGUGUGGACCGUAGAUGAAUUUGAGUUUCGCAAGAAGAGGAGCCAACGCCCCAGCAAGUGCUCCAACCCCUGCCCUUGACCUCAAAACCAAGAAAAGAUGGACGGGGGCCAAAACAUGAGACUGAGGCUGUAGGGGCAAGGAGGCAAGUCCUGGACAUACCUAUGGAGACCAGGCAGUGAGGUUUGCCAUCUUGCCUAUCAGGGCCUCCACUCUCUAUCUAGCGGCCCUCCUGAGAGGGGUGCCAAUCUCAACCUAGCCCCUAGCCCCA